UCCAAUCUUCAAUAUUCCAAGAUGGCGGCCAGUCUACUUCUCAGGAAUACGGCAAGGUUUUCUCCUUUUUUGCGUUCGGGUUUGACUCGAACGUCAWGUGUUUUGAUGCAAAGAGUUUCUGUUAAUACCACUCCAAAGAAGGAAGUAACAGAUGGUUUUGUUGCCAAAAAUUUAAAGUUAAAACGUCCUAUGUCGCCACAUCUUCUUAUUUAUAAAUGGGAGUUCCAUGCCUUGCUGUCUGGCUCUCAUCGUAUGACUGGCUUCCUCAUGACUAUUGCUACAACAACAUUUGCACUGUGUGCCCUGACGUUACCAGAUAACUUGGAGCAUUAUGUGAACAUAGUGAAGUCAUUUGGUAUUCCUAGACCAAUCAUMUUUACCUUUAAAGCCUUGCUGGCCUUCCCAGUCACCUACCAUGGAAUCAAUGGAAUUAGACACUUGGUCUGGGACUUGGGUAAAGGAUUCUACUGGCCAACCCUCAUCAAGACUGGUGCUGUCGUAGCAGUGUCUGCUGUUGCAUCUGCUAUUGCCCUUGCUUAUUACUUGUAAACCUUUACUAGGUUGCCACCUUCAUUAGCCCUUACUAUGCUCGUGUUGCUUUUGGAAAAAUUUAUUUAAUUAGGAAAAGGAAUAGGCAAAAUUAUCAUAUAAAUAUUAGUAAACUUUCA